UUUCAAGAUGGCGAAGUGUCGUAAACGGAAUUAAAGUUCCGAAAUCAUUAUAAUUGAAUAAUUGAAAAGACAGUGAUAUGUAUAUAUUUGUGUUGUACGGUUUAGGUGUAAAUGAUAAUUUGUAACCCUUCUGUGAUAUUGGGAUGGCCGAUGAGCAAGCAGAGCAAGAGCUACGAAGGAAUUUACAUAUAAUACAGUCAAUGAUUGAUGUAUCUGCAGAACGAUUAGAAGGGCUGCGUACACAAUGUGCAACAAGUGCAGAACUUACUCAACAAGAAAUAAGAACUUUAGAGGGAAAACUCAUAAAACUUUUUUCGAAUCAACUUGUUACAAAGUCGAAGUUGAAAACUGGAGAUCUAAAACACAUUCCCUCCUUAACUCAAUGGCUGCAAGUAGUAGGGUUAGGAAAAAAUUCUAUUCAAGGUCUCUGUCACAGGAUCUCUUCCGUUGAAGAGUUACAAGAGAAGUCUGAACAUGAACUUAGAACAAUAUUAAACGAUCGAAAUGCUAGGCCAGAAGAAUUAAGUCGACUUUGUAGGGCAUUACAUAAUUUAAAAAGAUAUACUGAUGUAUUAAAGAGGGGUGAUAAUGAUGCAACUGAUAUGCACCUUUAUUGGGACUCCUGGGAUCGACACCAUCACCUCAAAGGAGUUGGUCUUUCUCCAAGAGUUGCUAGGUCUAGAGCAACUCGAGCAUCAGUACCUUCUGAGGAGAGUUUAGUUUUAAAUAAUAAUAAUAAGGCUUCAAACAUUCUACCUUCUUCUUCGGUAUCUAGUAUUAAUUCCUUAAAUGCACAGACUGAAAUAGCACCUCCUUUAACGCCACCUUUACAGACCAGAGGAAAAGGUAUGAAGUUCCCAACAACUCCUCCUCCAAGAAGGAAACAUUUAACUGGUAUCCAAAAUACGGGGACCCUUUUGACCGAUUCAUAUCCUUUAACUAAGAGCAAAUCACAUGAAUCACAACUAGCACCUUCAAAAAAUGAAAAUGGGGUGACAAACAAUUCCAAUGUUAUUCAGGUGAAUACAGUUGGUAGACGAACAAGAUUACCAACAGAACCUGGACCUGAAGGGAUUGCAGGUUAUGCAAGCCCUAUUUUAAAUAGUCCCAUUAAAUCACCCCCUUACAAUAACGCUGGUACAGAUAGUGAUGAUAGCAGUUUCAAAUCGGUGACUAGUUUACAAGUACCAAAAUCGCCUCGUACACCUACGGUGAUGCCCAGUAUGGGUCAUCAGAUAGCCCAUCGGUUCACCAAGACCUUUAAAAUGAUGGCAACCUGUGGAUACUGUUCUAAACCAAUUUAUUUUGGAACCGGUUUAAAAUGCAAGGACUGCAAGUACAAAUGUCAUAGGGAGUGUGAGGAUAAAGUAGCUCCAUCAUGUGGAUUACCUCCUGAAUAUCUGGAUGAGUUCAAAAAAACCGUCCAAGGUCCAAUUUAUCAUUCACCCAACACUGGCAGGGUCAGUAACGCGAAAAAUCUUAUUAAUUCGCUUACAGGAGGCCGGAAACACUCUCACCCUCAACCUUCGAUGAACAUUCCACCCUUUCCGCCCCCAGAUUCAAGUUCCAAUACGUCCAGUUGUAACAGUUCCACACCUUCGAGUCCGGCCCUGCAGCAGUCUCACACACCCCACUCCAGUGUGAAACAACAGUUUUAUUUUCCAGAUGUGUCACAUCAGGAAAUAGGCGGCGAGGUGACGUUAGAGACGCAUCCGCUUCCUUCGGGUCACAGUCGCGAAUUGACCAGUUCACAGCAGUCGAAAGAAAGCGACCGUACUGCUUCAGCAUCAGGAAGCACGAGUACUGAUUCCGACAGAACACCUGUUCGAGUUGAUUCGCAAGACAGUCAGGUGUCUGACUCAGAUACGAUAACCGACGGGCAUAGGUGGCCUAGGCAGAAUAGCUUGUCAAUGAGGGAAUGGGACAUUCCAUAUGACGAAUUAAAAAUCGGAGAACCGAUAGGUAUGGGUAGGUUUGGAACUGUCCAUCGAGGAUACUGGCAUGGUGACGUGGCAAUUAAGCUGAUUGAAAUGGACGACUUAGACGAUGAGAAGACUUUAGACCACUUUCGAAAUGAGGUAUCGACUUUUCGUAAAACUCGACAUGAAAAUUUGGUACUGUUUAUGGGGGCAUGUAUGAAACCUCCGAAACUCGCUGUUGUGACCAGCCUUAGCAAGGGGAUGACUCUUUACACCCACAUACAUCUACGCAAGGACAAGUUCAACAUGAACAGGACAACCAUGGUCGCCCAACAAAUAUCACAGGGUAUGGGAUACCUUCAUGCUAAAGGGAUCGUUCAUAAGGAUUUAAAGAGCAAAAACAUUUUUCUCGAAAAUGGAAAGGUUGUAAUUACAGAUUUUGGUUUGUUCAGUGUUACAAAGCUUUGUGGUGGCAAUAAAAAAAGUGAAGCUUUGGGCAUUCCUCCAGGUUGGCUUUGUUACUUGUCCCCAGAAAUAAUGCGGAGCCUUAAGGCUCAUCAGUCCUACGACGACGAGUUACCUUUUAGUAAUGCGUCUGAUGUUUAUGCUUUUGGCACUGUGUGGUACGAGCUGCUAUGUGGCGAGUGGCCUUUUAAGGGACAACCUCCUGAGGCGAUUAUCUGGCAAGUCGGCAAGGGAAUGAAGCAGCCACUUGCUAACCUACAGGCUUCGAGAGACGUGAAGGACAUCUUAAUGUUGUGUUGGUCAUAUCGUCCAGGCGAUCGUCCCGAUUUUAUUCGUCUCUUGAACAUUCUGGACAAGUUGCCCAAGAAGAGGUUGGCUAGGAGCCCUUCUCACCCUAUCCACCUGUCGCGAUCAGCCGAGUCUGUGUUUUAAAAUCAAUGCCUGUCCUUGUCGUGUUUUUGUGUGCGCGUGUUCGUGUAAUUGUGCGUGCGUGUGUCCGUGUCGUCUUUUUAAGUAUAUAUCAAUUCAUUUGCAUUUUCCUUUAAAUGCAAACUGUUUUUUUUUUCUACUUUUUGUAGUAGCUGUACCUUCUUGCCCAGUGCGUAAGAUGUUUUAAUUUCUUUUUAUUUGUAAGUUAAAGAGAUCAAAUCCGGGUUGACUAUUUACUUUUUUUUUUCUUUUGGAACCGAAGAAUAUCGAAAAGGAUACUAAUUUGACGCAUGUUUGGUAAGUGUAUUUUAUUAUUUUACUUUUUUCAGUAUUAAGAUUUCGAUUAUUUUGAUUUAGUUAUUUGUACUUUAAAA